CCAGGGACUGCAAGAGGGAGGAGGCAGACAACUCGGAGAGGAGCUGGGAGGCAGAGCUGCUGGCUCGCUUGCUCACUGAGUAAAAGGCCUUCACCAUGGCAGAGUCCCCCGGCUGCUGCUCCGUCUGGGCCCGCUGCCUCCACUGCCUGUACAGCUGCCACUGGAGGAGACAUCCUAAACAGAAGAUACAAACCAGCAAGUGCGACUGUAUCUGGUUUGGCCUGCUCUUCCUCACCUUCCUCCUGUCCCUGGGAUGGCUGUACAUCGGGCUCAUCCUUCUCAAUGAUCUGCACAACUUCAAUGAAUUCCUGUUCCGCCAAUGGGGACACUGGAUGGACUGGUCCCUGAUAGUCCUGCUGGUCAUCUCUCUCCUGGUCACAUAUGCAUCCUUGCUAUUGCUCCUGGGCCUGCUCCUGCAGCUCUGUGGACAGCCUUUGCAUCUUCACAGUCUCCACAAGGUGCUGCUUCUCUUCAUUAUACUUCUAGUGGCCACUGGCCUUGUGGGACUGGAUAUCCAAUGGCGACAGGAGUGGCAUAGUUUACGACUGUCACUGCAGGCUACAGCCCCAUUCCUUCACAUUGGAGCAGUUGCCGGGAUCACCUUGUUAGCCUGGCCUGUGACUGACACCUUCUACCGCAGCCACCGGAGAGGUCCCAAGAUUCUGCUACUGUUCCUAUUUUUUGGAGUCACUCUGGUUAUCUACCUGACGCCCCUGUUCAUCUCUUCCCCCUGCAUCAUGAAACUCAGAGAUUUACCCCCCAAGCCUGGGUUGGUGGGACACCGAGGCGCCCCCAUGCUGGCCCCUGAGAAUACCCUGAUGUCCCUGCGGAAGACAGCUGAAUGUGGAGCGGCUGUGUUUGAGACAGAUGUGAUGGUCAGCUCUGACGGAGUCCCCUUUCUCAUGCAUGAUGAGCGGCUGAGCAGGACUACCAAUGUAGCCUCCGUCUUUCCAGAGCGAAUCUCAGCCCACAGCAGUGACUUCUCCUGGGCUGAGCUGCAGAAACUCAAUGCUGGAACCUGGUUUCUAGAGAGGCGACCUUUCUGGGGGGCCAAUAAGCUGUCCGGCUCUGAUCAGGAGGAGGCUGGGAAUCAGACAGUACCAGCAUUAGAGGAAGUGCUGAAGGAAGCAGCGACCCUCAACCUUUCUGUCAUGUUUGACUUGCGCCGACCCCCAAGAAACCACACGUACUAUGAUACUUUUGUGAAUCAGACGGUGGAGGCCGUGUUGAGUGCAAGCGUGCCCCAAGCCAUGGUUCUUUGGCUCCCGGAUGAAGACCGUGCUACUGUGCAACAACAGGCUCCCAGAAUGCGCCAGAUAUAUGGACAUCGGGGUAGCAACGGGACUGAGAGGCCCCAGUUUCUCAACCUCCCCUACCAAGACCUGCCUGUGUUGGAUAUCAAGGCACUGCACCGGGAUAAUGUCUCCGUGAACCUGUUUGUUGUGAACAAACCCUGGCUCUUCUCCCUGCUCUGGUGUGCAGGGGUAGAUUCCAUCACCACCAAUGACUGCCAGCUGCUGCAGCAGAUGCAGUACCCGCUCUGGCUUAUUCCCCCUCAGAAAUACUUAAUGAUAUGGGUCAUCACCGACUGUGCCUCCAUUCUGCUACUUUUGAGUAUCUUCCUCCUCCAAGGGAGAUGUGCUGGGAGAAGCAGAACAGGCUUAGAAACAGCAGUGCUACUGACCAAGAUCAAUAAUAUCACCUCAGAGUGAAUGCUGGGCCCAGGUCCCCACCAGCUGCUGUCUAAGACUUGUGUGCAGUGGUCAAUGGGAGGGACAGGGGCUGAAGUGGAAUGUCCUGGAAUUAAAAGUUUGGAGGAGGGAGCAUUGCUAACAGAAGAUUUUGAACUAAGAGGGCCCUCUGUCCAGAUGGUGGGCAUGUCUCAAGCUGCCAUGGAAUUUGCUGCCUUUGGUGUUUUGACAUGAAUUAGUUGGAAAGACAGUGACUGACAAGAAGUUACUCCCAAAAUGAAAUUAAAGCAAGGAAGUGAGAGAGAUUGCCAAGAUAAUGCAUUAGGCUUGUGUGCACAUGUACUUGGAUAGAAGAUGCAGGGUGUGUCAGGGUGAGAUAGCUCAGAAUGAUGACUGAAGGAAACUUGGCCACAAUGACCUUUCUCGAAGAACUCUCAAGAUGAUGAAGACAGUCCACACUCCAUGCCUUCUCUCCUCACCGUCACAAUUCAGCUUCUUCUCUGCCUACGGGCUGGGAGUGAAAAAAACUCAUUUAGCAAUGUAAUAUUGUGUCUACGGUAGGUUUUUGUUGUGAGCAGUCAAUGGUUCCUGUGUCUUGCCUGUUAAUCUGUUAUUCAAUGAAUUUUUAAUUGUCA